AUGGCCCGUUUCCCUCGGGCCAUGUCCACUCCUGCUGGGAUCGGCAGAUCGCCUCUAGGGGGGAGCAGCCCUCUCUCUGAUGUGGAUGAUGGAGAGGGGGACGACAGGGCGCGUGGGGAGGAGAGUGGGGAGGAGGAAAGCGGGGAGGGGAGUGAGGAGGGGAGUGGGGCGGCGAGUGAGGGUGGAGGAGGGGGGAGUCCUCGCAUGAUAUCCUCACCACGCGCCGAAGCAGCCGCGGCCAUCGCCGCCGCUGCUGAAGCAGCGAACCCGAGCCUGCCGCCGACCCUGGCCUCCCUGGGGAAGACAGCCGAAGCAACGCUGUCGACCCGAACCUACCGGGACAAGGACGGGAUAGAGUGGCACAAGCGCGGACCUCUUACCGAAGCUGCUGCUGUGGAGUUUGAUACCGAGCCUAUGGACAUGCCUGCGGUGGUGGAUCGGUAUGGGUUUGUGGCGGAGGAGGGGGAGGGGAGGGAGGGGAGUGGAGGAGGGGAGGAGGGGAGAGGGGUGACAGGGGUGCAUGCUCCGCAGGCAAGCUUAUUGGAGAAGGAGGAACGGCUUUUGUACAUCAAGGAGGAGAGGGAGGUGCGCAGGUGGCGCGCUAUGAUUGGUCUAGGGCCCAUGGACUGGAAUCUCUACCAGAGGAAGCACCCCCGGGAGGUCAAGAAGCGGAUAAGACAAGGCGUGCCGGACUGCCUGCGCGGGAUCGUGUGGCAGCUUUUGUCUGGUAGCCGGGAGUUCCUGCUAAUGAACGAAGGCGCGUAUGAGCACAUGCUACUGUACGAGCUGUCCAAUAACGAGAUGGACAUCAUUCGAGACAUCAACCGCACCUUCCCCACACACGUCUACUUCAUGCAGAAGCACGGCCCGGGGCAAAGAGCACUCUUCAACGUGCUCAAGGCAUACAGUGUUUACGACAAGAAGAUUGGCUACGUGCAGGUGAGGAUGAGAGAGUUGAUCCGUGCAGGUGAGGAUGAGAAGAGUGGUUAUGCGCAGGGCAUGGGUUUUAUUGCGGGUCUCAUGCUGCUCUACAUGGCGGAGGAGGAUGCCUUCUGGCUGCUCGUGGCGCUCAUGAAUUGUGCUCUGCUUCCCAUGUAUGCGUCCCCAGGGCAUGGGUUUUAUUGCGGGUCUCAUGCUGCUCUACAUGGCGGAGGAGGAUGCCUUCUGGCUGCUCGUGGCGCUCAUGAAUUGUGCUCUGCUUCCCAUGGCAUGGGUUUUAUUGCGGGUCUCAUGCUGCUCUACAUGGCGGAGGAGGAUGCCUUCUGGCUGCUCGUGGCGCUCAUGAAGGGCGCCAACCACACCUCGCUCGAAGGAAUCUUCCUCGUCGGCCUGCCGUUAGUGCAGCAGUACCUAUUCCAGUUUGACCGCCUCUUACACGAGUGUCUGCCGCAGCUGGCACGGCACAUGGAGGGGGAGGGCGUGACGCCCUCCAUGUACGCGUCGCAGUGGUUCAUCACAGUGUUCGCCUACAGCUUCCCCUUUGCUACCACACUGAGAAUAUGGGACGUAUUUUUGUUCGAGGGCAUGAAGACAGUGUUCCGGGUGGGGCUGGCGUUGCUGAAGCAGCAACAGGACGAUCUGGUAUGCCCUGCCUCCCCACGCACUGUCAUGAAGUCUUUUCUCUCUCCCUCUCUUCUCCCGCUCCUCAUUUGCACUCUUUUCUCCCAUGCCUUGCUCUUGCGUUCACCCCACUUUUACGUUGAUUAA